AUGGGAAGACCACCUUGCUGUGACAAAAUUGGAAUCAAGAAAGGUCCAUGGACUCCUGAGGAAGAUAUAAUUUUAGUCUCAUAUAUUCAGGAAAAUGGGCCUGGAAAUUGGAGAGCUGUGCCCACAAAUACAGGCUUGUUGAGAUGCAGCAAGAGUUGCAGGCUUAGAUGGACCAAUUACCUUAGGCCAGGGAUCAAGAGAGGCAAUUUCACCCCUCAUGAAGAGGGCAUGAUAAUCCAUCUCCAAGCUUUACUAGGCAACAAGUGGGCUGCAAUAGCCACGUACUUGCCUCAACGUACGGACAACGAUAUCAAGAACUACUGGAACACGCACCUCAAGAAGAAGCUCAAGAAACUCCACCAACAACCGGGCAAUUUCGUCACAUCGUCCAACAACAACGACAUGGGCCACCACGGUCCAGCAACCGACUACCACCGUUUCGCGUCGAGGCCCAACAAUGAAUUGAGCCACGGCCCGACAUCGGCCUACGCCUCGAGCGCGGACAACAUAUCGAGGCUUCUAGAAGGAUGGAUGACGAGGUCUUCUUCGCCUCCCAAAUCGAACAAAGUCGACAAGAAUAAUAGUGUUCAUGUUGUUGCUAAUGCUAACUAUCCGAACGAAAAUCGCGACGAAUCAUUAUUAUUCUAUCGUGAUCUCGGUAAAGUUAUUCAGCAGGAAGAGAUUGAAAAUAUUAAUUUUGGCGAAUUUCGUGAUGAUGAUCAUGAUUUGGAGGGAAUUUUGAAUUUCGGUAGUAACCGUGAGAAAUCGUCGUGCGAUGAUUCGAGCCGCAUUAGCGGAUUGAUCGACGAUCAAGAAAAGGCGAAAAACGAGCACGCGAAUAACAAUGACAAUAAUAAUCCGCCGCUAUCGUUUCUUGAGAAGUGGUUGUUGGAUGAGAGUGCAGCUGGUCAAGUUGAAGGAGUCAUGGAGUUAUCAUCAAUCUUCUAA